AUGUUUUCAUCAGGUGCUUUAUGCUAUGCUGAACUGGGCACGAGCUUUAGAAAAUCAGGUGGUCAUUACACCUACCUGUUGGAGACCCUGGGGCCCCUGCCUGCCUUCCUGAGACUGUGGACUGAGUUCAUAUUCAUCAGACCUGCAGUGGCCACGUACGUGUCUCUGGCUUUUGGUCAGUAUGUAGUGGAGCCGUUAUUCAUGCCGUGUGCUGCUCCUACAGCGCUGGUCAAACUCGUCAGCAUGCUGGGAGUCACGUUUGUGGUGGCAAUGAACUGCUGGAGUGUGUCAAUGGCAGCACGCACUCAGGUCUUGCUGACCUUCAUCAAGAUGUUUGCUCUGAUUCUGAUCAUCAUCCCAGGCAUCAUGGCUCUGGUCAAUGCCAUGAUCCAUAUCCGCAGACAAACACCACUGCCAGCUGUGCUAUUUCUGUAUCCUCUGGUGAUCAUCAUGAUGGCUAGAGGAGAGAUCUUUCAACUGAUCAACUUUGCAUCCUUCUCUCGUUGGCUCUUCAUCGCCUUGGCCACCUUGGGAAUGAUCAUCCACCGCUACAGAUUUCCAGAUCAUCCCAGACCAUUCAAGGUUCCUCUAGCAGUUCCGGUGGUCUUUACCAUAGUGUGUUUCUUCAUCGUGGGCCUGUCCUUGUAUUCAGACCCCUGGAAUACAGGCGGCAGCUGUGCCCUCACAUUAUCAGGAGUACCUGUGUAUUACCUGACAGUCAAGAAGUCAUACAUACCUGAACGCUGGAAAAAAGCCUUCAGUGAGUAA